CCUGCGCUGUCCAGUCCUGCGCGCCGACUGCUCCCAGAAGCAAGAAAGUAACAUGAGUCUGCCGGACUACAAGUCCUGCGGGAAGCAGUCUUCCACAGCCGUACUGCAGUCACCGGUGGUGCAGCUCAACAUCGGAGGCCGUCUGUUCUGCACCUCCCUGAACACGCUGAGGAAACAUCCGGACUCCAAGCUGGCCGACAUGUUCAGCGGGCAGCCCAAGUUACGCACCGAUCCGGAGGGACGAUACUUCAUCGACCGCGACGGCAAACACUUUGGAGCCAUCUUGGAGUUCCUGCGCACGGAUCGCCUGCCCACCGAGAACAUUCUGGAGGUUCACCGCGAGGCGGUCCACUACGACGUCAAACCGCUGGUGAAACGGUUGGAGGAGAACCCUCAGUUGUUUGGGGAGUUGGUGGGAAGACAGCAGUUCCUGUCCAGAAUACCUCACUACCAAGAGAGCACCGAGGUGCUGAUUCGCAUCGCCCGUGCGGAGGCCAUCGCGGCCCGCCACUCCACCAUUCUGAUCUGCGUGCUGCGAACGGAGGAGGAUCUGGCUUUCUACGACAACGCCAUCAACAGCCUGGAGGCUGACAAGGAGUCGGUGGUGACAUUCGGGCCCUGGAAGGCGGCGCCCAGCGUCGCAGACCUGUUGGACUGCAUCCGGAUGGACAUCGAGAGACAGGGCUACCGCGUCACCAUCCAACCGCACAGCAGGGACAAAGGCUUCCUGUCCAAGAGCUAUGACUGCUUCUAUAAAAUCACUUUCACCUGGUGGUGAGCCCACCAUCUUGGUAGUGUGUUACUCUUUUACACAUGUCACACUUUCGGCGUUAGGGGAAAAGGUCAGCCACCAUUUGUGGCCCCUCUGGGGAGCUUAGUCAUAAUUUGCUAACAUAAUGCCUAACACCUCUUUGUUUCUUUCUGUGUCUCUUCAUGUGUAGCUUUACCUUUAAUUAUCAAUACUGGCUCAUAAGACUGUUGCAGGAAGUAUUGGUGGAGAUUUGUAGUGAGAGAGAGAGAGAGAGAGAGACUGCCUGCCUUUCUGUUUAAAAUCAAAUGAUGGGUAUUUAAAACGAAAUGCCUUUAAAAUGCUGAAUAUUACCAUGAUAAUGUAUUGUGUCAAAUCCUAUUGUUCUACAGCACACUGCACAUUCAGACAUACACAUGUGUGUGGAUUAUUUUAGUCUUCAUGUGCGAGCGAACUGCAGACACACGAGGUCGCUCGUGUAUUGGUAAACAUGGCGUCGUUCAUCUCGUCGUGCCCACAAGGGAUGGGGUCACUCCAGUUCUGUUAUCGCUUCUGUCUUUGUUAAAACAACAAAAAACAAAAACAAAACAAAACAUUAAUAUCAAAACUGUUCUAACAUUAAGCAGAAAACUUGCUGUUCUACUUUUACAUUAACUCACUCAGCAGCACUUAUGUUACCAACUAUCAUAGAGCACUGCAUAGUAUCCAUACCAGUACUAUAUGAAGUGGUAAUAGGACAUUUAAUACAUAGUAUCCAUGUCAUAGUAGUACUGUAUGAAGUGGUAAUAGGACAUUUAAUAUAUAGUAUCCAUGUCAUAGUAGUACUGUAUGAAGUUGUAAUAGGACAUUUAAUACAUAGUAUCCAUGUCAUAGUAGUACUGUAUGAAGUUAAUGGGACAUUUAAUACAUAGUAUCCAUAUCAUAGUAGUACUGUAUGAAGUUAAUGGGACAUUUAAUACAUAGCAUCCAUAUCAUAGUAGUACUGUAUGAAGUGGUAAUAGGACAUUUAAUAUAUAGUAUCCAUAUCAUAGUAGUACUGUAUGAAGUGGUAAUAGGACAUUUACUACAUAGUAUCCAUAUCAUAGUAGUACUGUAUGAAGUGGUAAUACGACAUUUAAUACAUAGCAUCCAUAUCAUAGUAGUACUGUAUGAAGUGGUAAUGGGACAUUUAAUACGUUGUGUUGUGUGGCUGCAGGAGCGCUGUGGCGGUGUUUGGGGCUGAUUGCCAUUUUGCAUUCGCCUUUUGAAUUGUGCCUGUACAAUUGCCGUAGCCCGCGCGGAAGUCACAAUAUGUACAACAGACACGGUAUUGUCCUCUCUUUUGUCUCUCAUUGUCUGGCCAUAAAACGUUUGGCUCUAAGUGUUUUUACGUUCAGUCCUCUCGUAAAUGUUUAUGAAAAUCAGCAAUAAUAAGAGAAAGUCCGUUCUGUAGCCAAUUCGUAGCCAUAUGCUAACCGCUAGCAUGUCAAUGGGAAUUGCAGCGUAAGUUAGCCCGAAGUUACCCGCUAGCUUGUCGAUGGAAGUUAUAGUGUAAGUUAGCCUGAAGCUAAACGCAUCAGUUUGUAUGCAGUUGUUUCAUCUUACAUGGUUGUGUGUACAAAUAGUGGAUGUAUCAGUCUGUUCUGAGAUAACAUAUAAUUGACAUGUAUUUUAUCUGUAUGUUUAGUUUUACAGAUUUUCUUGAGUAAAGGCUUUAA